AGAGAAAGAGAGAGAGAGAGAGAGAGGGAGAGAGAGAAAGAGAGAGAGAGAGAGAGAGGGAGAGAGAGAGAGAGGGAGAGAGAGAGAGAGAGGGAGAGAGAGGGAGGGAGAGAGCGAGGGAGAGAGCCUAAGCCUCUAAGUGUAAUGUAUUGUUUUCUGUGAAAGGGCAGGCUGCACCCUUUUCCCCCUCCUGAACUCUGAACCGCUCGUUGUGUCAGAACUUUUAGGAGGAGUCAUUGACUUGGGUCACAGGAAAGACAGGGGAGAGAAGGAGAAGAAAAGGAGGGCGACAGUAGAGAAGUAGAGCAGUGAGAGGGACCUCCGGGUCAUUUCACAGAGACAGAAGGGGAAAGAGGUCAACUCUAUUACUUUUCCUGGAAGUGAACUCAAAAACGUAUUUAGUAUGAUUAGAAACUAAAGUGUUGUAGCUGAAGAUUUUCAGAGAAAAGAGGAGAGCACUCGGUGAGUGGACAGGCGUGUGUAAGAGAGAGAGUGUGUGUCGGCAGUUUAGCUCAGACAUGGCCAUGGUGAGCGGGGGAUGGGGCAAUCCUAACCGGGAGACCAACGGACUGGGUGGGGAGAAGGCUUACCUGCGUGGAGAUGAGGAGGGCUCGCCCCAGGCCGGGAGCGAUGUGGAGGUGGGAGACGAAGACAAGGCGUGCGUGGUGGACUGCGUGGUGUGUGGGGACAAGUCCAGUGGGAAACACUAUGGGGUGUUCACCUGCGAGGGCUGUAAGAGCUUCUUCAAGAGGAGCAUCAGAAGGAACCUCAACUACUCCUGCAGGUCGAAUCGAGAAUGCCAGAUAGACCAGCAUCACCGCAACCAGUGCCAAUACUGCCGGCUGAAGAAAUGCUUCCGUGUUGGCAUGCGUAAAGAAGCAGUCCAGCGUGGACGUAUCCCUCCAUCCCACUCAGGCAUCAGUCCCACUUCUUUGGUCGGCGGAGGUGGUGGUACUGGGGCCGGGCCAGUAGGGGGUGAAUUCUUCAACGGCCAGCCUGUGUCUGAGCUCAUCUCCCAGCUGCUCCGUGCUGAACCGUACCCCAGCAGCCGCUAUGGUCCCCAGUACGGCCAGCAGCAGCAGAUGCAAGGUGCUGGAGGAGGCUCCGUCAUGGGCAUCGACAACAUCUGUGAGCUGGCGGCACGCCUCCUCUUCAGCACCAUCGAGUGGGCCAGAAACAUCCCCUACUUCCCUGAGCUGCCCGUCUCUGAGCAGGUGGCUCUGCUGAGACUGAGCUGGAGCGAGCUAUUCAUCCUGAACGCAGCCCAGUCCGCCCUGCCCCUACACAUGGCCCCACUGCUGGCCGCCGCCGGCUUCCACUCCUCGCCCAUGUCAGCAGAGAGGGUGGUGUCCUUCAUGGACCAGGUGAGGGUGUUCCAGGACCAGGUGGACAAGCUGACCCGACUUCAGGUGGACUCGGCAGAGUACAGCUGCCUCAAGGCCAUCGCCCUCUUGUCUCCAGAUGCGUGUGGUCUGACAGACCCCAUCCACGUAGAGUCUCUGCAGGAGAAGGCCCAGGUGGCUCUGAUGGAGUACGAGAGGAUGCAGUACCCGGGUCAACCCCAGCGCUUCGGCCGUCUGCUCCUCCGCCUGCCUGCCCUUAGGGCCGUGCCCGCCAACCUCAUCUCCCAGCUGUUCUUUAUGCGCCUGGUGGGCAAGACGCCCAUCGAGACCCUCAUCAGGGACAUGCAACUCUCUGGGAGCUCCAUUAGCUGGCCUUACGUCCCUGGGCAGUGAGGACAGGAGCCUGGGACCCACAGGACCCUGGAGGAACCUGGAAACUGGAACCCAGAAUGGGAUGGAGAGGGAUUAGCCACUGAUGUCAUUAAUGUCUAAAUUCUUGAGGAUUUAGUAGAGGAGGACUAUACUGCUACUCACUCACACAGAGUCAAACACUGAGCUUCCAGUGAAUGGAGCUGGAAUCAAACCAUUGGUAGUUUAGCUGUCCGUGUAUUCCAAGCAAAUUAUUCAUUUGUCUUGGAGUAUAUUUCCUGAUCUGUAUCAUGACCUCUCUGAAUGACCUGUCUGAAACACAGAACAGGGUUCUAGAACACAGAACAGGGCUCUGAAACACAGAACAGGGCUCUGAAACACAGAACAGGGCUCUGGAACACAGAACAGGGCUCUGAAACACAGAACAGGGUUCUAGAAUACAGAACAGGGCUCUGAAACACAGAACAGGGCUCUGGACCACAGAACAGGGCUCUGGAACACAGAACAGGGCUCUGAAACACAGAACAGGGCUCCGGAACACAGAACAGGGCUACAAAACACGGAACAGGGCUCUGAAACAGAGAACAGGGUUCUGGAACACAGAACAGGGUUCUAGAAUACAGAACAGGGCUCUGAAACACAGAACAGGGCUCUGACACACAGAACAGGGUUCUGGAACACAGAACAGGGCUCUGAAACACAGAACAGGACUCUGGAACACAGAACAGGGCUCCGGAACACAGAACAGGGCUCCGAAAUACAGAACAGGGCUCUGAAACACAGAACAUGACUCUGGAAUACAGAACAGGGCUCUGGAACACAGAACGUGGCUCUGGAACACAGAACAGGGCUCUGGAACACAGAACGUGGCUCUGGAACACAGAACAGGGUUCGAGAAUACAGAACAGGGCUCUGAAACACAGAACAGGGUUCUGGAACACAGAACAGGGCUCUGGAACACAGAACAGGCCUCUGAAAAACAGAACAGGACUCUGGAACACAGAACAGGGCUCCGGAACACAGAACAGGGCUCUGAAACACAGAACAGGACUCUGAAACACAGAACGUGGCUCUGGAACACAGAACAGGGCUCUGAAACACAGAACAGGGCUCUGGAACACAGAACAGGGUUUGAGAAUACAGAACAGGGCUCUGAAACACAGAACAGGGCUCUGGAACACAGAACAGGCCUCUGAAACACAGAACAGGGUUCUGGAACACAGAACAGGGCUCUGGAACACAGAACAGGCCUCUGAAAAACAGAACAGGACUCUGGAACACAGAACAGGGCUCCGGAACACAGAACAGGGCUCCGAAAUACAGAACAGGGCUCUGAAACACAGAACAUGACUCUGGAAUACAGAACAGGGCUCUGAAACACAGAACGUGGCUCUGGAACACAGAACAGGGCUCUGAAACACAGAACAGGGCUCUGAAACACAGAACAGGACUCUGAAACACAGAACAGGGCUCUGGAACACAGAACAGGGUUAGAGAAUACAGAACAGGGCUCUGAAACACAGAACAGGGCUCUGGAACACAGAACAGGCCUCUGAAACACAGAACCGUGCUCUGGAACACAGAACAGGGUUCUGGAACACAGAACAGGGUUCUAGAAUACAGAACAGGCCUCUGAAACACAGAACAGGGCUCUGAAACACAGACUGUAAUUAAAGGCCCAGUGCCACUACUACCUCCAUCCCCAUGGCGCCCCACGCGACUCUGACCCCAGGCUCUGUGUGGCUCUCUGGCUGCUGUGUUAGGCCCCUGGGUCUCAUGUGGGACCCUAUUCCCCUUAGCUACAGUGCAUAGGGCUCUGGUACUCAAACGUAGUGCACUGUGAAGGGAAUAGGGUGCCAUUUGAGAUUCAGACACAGGGAUUAUGAAGCCACAGCCACAUACUGCCAUUGUAUUGUAUUUUGUCCUGAGCUCUCUAUUCAUGUAAAUCCUUGAGUUUAAUUUACAUUCAUGUUGAGCUUAUAGUGUAAAAUGUCAUGUGUACAUUAUGCAAAUGUGGUCAUGUUAAAUCUCUGAAUGUUAUGCAAAUAGCGGGCUCUCUCCAUAGUAUAAGCAAUAGCAUACAUGCUACAGUACAUGCUAUGGUGCCCGAACACUUGCACAAGCUAGCAGAGGUGAAUGUAUAUGAUAGAUAACCCCUCACACGCAUCCUGAGUCACAACGAGUCACCCCUGUCUUAUACGUUGUUACCUCAAGUUGCAUACCAAUGACAGAGAUUGUAUAGUGGAUUACCUGACAAUAGAACCCUUGCAUUCUUAAACGGAACUAAGAACCCUCCGUGAUGUGAUCGAUGACAAACACAAAGGGAUCAAAGCCUCGUACACACCAGCAUUAUGUCAUUAGCCUGAAAGUAAACUAACUGUAGGGUUGACCCUUGUCAUAAGGCCUAUCGGAAGGCUAGGUGGAACCAUGACCGUACUGCUUAGACCUGAAGGGUAGGGGGCUAGGGGAAGGCUAGGUGGAGCCAUGACCGUACUGCUUAGACCUGAAGGGUAGGGGGCUAGGGGAAGGCUAGGUGGAGCCAUGACCGUACUGCUUAGACCUGAAGGGUAGGGGGCUAGGGGAAGGCUAGGUGGAGCCGUGACCGUACUGCUUAGACCUGAAGGGUAGGGGGCUAGGGGAAGGCUAGGUGGAGCCGUGACCGUACUGCUUAGACCUGAAGGGUAGGGGGCUAGGGAAGGCUAGGUGGAGCCGUGACCGUACUGCUUAGACCUGAAGGGUAGGGGGCUAGGGGAAGGCUAGGUGGAGCCGUGACCGUACUGCUUAGACCUGAAGGGUAGGGGGCUAGGGUAGGCUAGGUGGAGCCGUGACCGUACUGCUUAGACCUGAAGGGUAGGGGGCUAGGGGAAGGCUAGGUGGAGCCAUGACCGUACUGCUUAGACCUGAAGGGUAGGGGGC